UGCUGGCCGGGCGCUUAGCUCCUGCGGCCGCGGGCUCGGCUGCAGGGGUCUUGGGCUGUCCCUGGCGCCGGUGGCGGCGCGGAGGGCGAAUGGACUGCCGCGGCGGAGCGGGGGCGUCGGGGUACGGCGAAGAGGGCGAGGACGGCGAGGACGACGAGGAGGAGCGAGAGGGUGGCACUGCGGGCUCUCAGGGGGCUAAACUGCCCCCCAUCGCAGGCAGCGCCUCAGAACUGAACAAACGGAAGGUGAAGAAGAAAAAGAAGAAGACCAAGGGGUCCAGCAAGAGGGACGAUAAACAUCAGAGUCCAGGCCUGAAGAGUCAGCAGCUGCCCUCAUCCUUUCACGACAUCUUAAGUCCCAGCAAAGAUCAUGGCCCCAGGCAAGAGCACAAACAGGACAAAGGUGAAAACAGGCCCAUCCCCCCUUACCCCUCCACUGUAAGUCUCCCCCAUUUUGCCGAAAUAGAAGACAACCUCUCCAACCAGAUCAACGAAAGCCUGCGUUGGGACGGAAUUCUCACAGACCCAGAGGCCGAAAGAGAAAGGAUUCGCGUAUACAAGCUGAACCGGAGGAAGCGGUACCGGAUCUUGGCCCUCAAGGGCUUCCACUCUGACCUGGGUGGCCAGGAGGACCCCGAGAACCUGCCAUACCUCCCGGAUAAGGAGAGCAACACCGAGGGCAGGCAGCCCGCGCCGAAAGCCGGCCGGCCCAGCCACGGCUUGGAAGGAAGCCUCACGCCCAGGCUCCUGCGCUCUGAUCUGGCUGCCGCUCUGCCGGAGUGAAAACCCAGCCCGACGCCAAGUCCGCACCGCCAGUUUCUGUGUCCCAGAAGAAUAAUAAUAAAAGGAAAUCAGAGCGCCUGAAGGAAGCAGACGUCUGGGGUGUCGACGGGGCCCGCCUCUCCUUCCACCAGGGCGCUUUUCAUGGCCCGGGGAAGGCACAGCCAUGUAAUGGACACAGCCCUUUCUGGAUUUUUUUUUUCUUAGAUAAUUUGGCAUCUCUUUGUUAUUUAAUUUCUCAUCACAGAUGUCUGUAAUCUUCCCCUCUAAAAGACAGAAUGUGUAGAUUAUAUCAAUUCCAACUCUUAAGCUAAUUUAAUGGGUAAAACUCCUCACACAGCAUGCUUCUUUAGGCCCAACGAAAAUGCCCCAAAUAUCCUGGAGGCUUUUUUUUUUUUAUUUUUUUUAAUUACAUACACUCCCUGCCCUUAUGUGGUCUUCAAAAUAACUGAGUUCCAGAACUCCAUCCCUGGGAGAUAAUUAUGAGAAGUCUCAAAAGAGGUAUUGCUUCUCUUCUAAAUAUGGUCAUCCCAGGGAGCAAAUUGGUGGUUGCCAGAGGGGAAAGGGGUUGGGGGUGGGGGAAACAGGUGAGGGGGCUCAAUUGUACAGUGAUGGAUGGUAACUGGACUUGUGCGGUGAUCACUUUGUAGCGUGUACAAAUACUGAAUUAUGAUGUCGGACACCUGAAACUUAUGUAGUAGUGUUACAUACCAAUUUUACUUCAAUUAAAAAAAAAAAAUAUAUAUAUAUAGUCCUCCUCUAAUCCCCUAAAAACAGCGUUUUAAGCAAAGUUCUGGAACAUUAAAAAGGUCCUACUAUACUACUUGUCCUAAAUUAAUAUUCUUCCCUUGCACCAAUAUUUAUUGAGUGGGGGCCAAUGUGUUGUGUUAGUUUGGGCUCUCCAGAAGCAGACCCUGAAUUAAAGACUCAAAUGGAAAUAGAUUAUUUGGGAGCCAAAGGAAAGCUCAGUAGAGAAGGCACAGGGAGGGGAAGACAGCCAAUCCAGGGGCACGGUCAAGCCAGUUUCCAUAUUGGCUAACUGGAGCUUAAUCCCACUGGGAAACACUAUCAGGAUUAUCCCCCCUGAGCUUGAAGAAGCUGGGCCCUUCUACUGCCCAUAGGCAUUGACUGAGGGAUGGCCCCGGGGGUGUUAAUUUCCUGGCAUUUCCAGCCUGCCAAACAGGUCGGCCCAGAGGCCUUCCUCAGGCACAAAGACGCAGACUGGGAGGUGCAGGGGAUGGGGUAGUCUCUAUGCAACAUGGUGUAGGGACCAAGAGGGACGUAGUGGAGGUUUAAGAUCAGGUUCCUGCCUUCCAAGGAAUUGAAGACACGCAUUAUACUUGGAAGAAGUUGAAAGCCAGUACAAAACAUUAUAGAAUGCUUUUUUUUAUUAAGAUUUUAUUUAUUUGAGAGAGAGAGAAUGAGAGAGAGAAAGCACAUGGUGGGGGGAGGGUCAGAGGGAGAAGCAGACUCCCUGCCGAGCAAGGAGCCCGAUGCGGGACUCGAUCCAGGGACUCCAGGAUCAUGACCUGAGCCGAAGGCAGUCGCUUAACCAUCUGAGCCACCCAGGCGCCCUACAGAAUGCUUUUCUGAGAGAAGCAGAAGUGGUCAUCUCAGUCCCUGCUAGCCCCAGCUGACAGAGAAGCCCUCUUGUUACCUUUCCUUAAAUGGCCACUUACAGAGUUGUCACCACUGCUUGUGUUCUCUCGCUGUUUCUCUCUGUCAAAUAAAUUAAAAAAACAAAAAACAAAAAAACUUCCAACGGACUGAG